AUGUUUUCCAGGGCUUCAGGGAAGAGGCAGGUCUGUCUGCUCUCUGUGCUGCUCACCCUGUGGAGCAGUGUGGCCUGUCAAGGGAACCCCGUGGAGGACAUCUGUGUGGCGAAGCCCAGGGAUGUGCCUUGGAAUCCCAUGUGCAUUUACCGAGUCCCAGACAAGAAAGCAACCGAGUAUGAAGGCACAGAGCAGAAGAUCCCCGAGGCCACCAAUCGCCGAGUCUGGGAACUGUCCAAGGCCAAUUCCCGCUUUGCCACCACCAUGUACCAGCACCUGGCCAAAUCUAAGAAUGAAAACGACAACAUCUUCCUGUCGCCCUUGAGUAUCUCCACAGCUUUCGCUAUGACCAAGCUGGGUGCCUGCAAUGACACCCUCAAGCAGCUGAUGGAGGUUUUUAAGUUUGAUACCAUCUCUGAGAAAACAUCUGAUCAGAUCCACUUCUUCUUUGCCAAACUCAACUGUCGCCUCUAUAGAAAAGCAAACAAGUCCUCCUUGGUAGUAGCGGCCAACCGCCUUUUUGGAGACAAAUCCCUGACCUUCAGCGAGAGCUACCAGGGCAUCAGUGAGGCGGUCUACGGCGCCAAGCUCCAGCCCCUGGACUUCAAGGCCCAUGCAGAGCAGUCCAGACAGAUCAUCAAUGACUGGGUGGCCAACAAGACAGAAGGCCGCAUCACCAACGUCAUUCCCAACGGAACCAUCGAUGAGUUCACCGUUCUGGUGCUGGUUAACACCAUCUACUUCAAGGGCCUGUGGAAGUCAAAGUUCAGCCCUGACAGCACAAAGCAGGAGCCGUUUCACAAGGCAAACAAGGAGAAGUGUUUGGUCUCCAUGAUGUACCAGGAAAGCAAGUUUCGGUACCGGCGUGUGGCAGAAGGUACCCAGGUGUUGGAGUUGCCCUUCAAAGGUGAUGACAUCACCAUGGUGCUCAUCCUGCCCGGGCCAGGGAAAAACCUGGACAAGAUGGAGCAGGAGCUCACCCCAGAGCUGCUGCAGGAGUGGUUGGACGAGUUGGUGGAGACCCUGCUGGUGGUCCACAUACCACGUUUCCGCAUUGAGGACAGCUUCAGUUUGAAGGAGCAUCUGCAAAAAAUGGGUCUGGUCGACUUGUUCACUCCUGAGAAGUCCAAACUCCCAGGUAUUACCGCCGAUGGCCGGGAAGACCUGUUCGUCUCCGACGCGUUCCACAAGGCGUUUCUCGAGGUGAAUGAGGAAGGCAGUGAAGCAGCAGCGAGUACGGGCGUCCUGCUCGCUGGCCGUUCGCUGAACCCCAACAGGGUGAUCUUUAAGGCCAACAGGCCCUUCCUGGUUCUUAUACGGGAAGUUACUCUCAACACUAUUAUCUUCAUGGGGAGAGUAGCCAACCCUUGUGUUAACUAA